AAGAAACACGGCAAACGCCAUGGGAAUGCUUCUACUUCUUUUCACAGCUUCUUUGUACCUUUACUUGCCCAUAGCUCUCCUGUAUGUCGUCUACAAGUACUGGUGGAUCCCUCAUCGUGUACAGUUGAUGAUGAAUUCCCAGGGAAUCUAUGGACCUCCUUAUGAAUUCAUCCAUGGAAACAACAAACAAGUUGUCCAGAUGCAAAGGGAAGCAUUAACCAAACCCAUGGGGUUGACGCACGAUAUUUUCCCCAGGGUUAUGCCUCAUUUUCAUUCCUGGAUCUACAAAUACGGCAAGAAUUAUCUUAGCUGGAAUGGAGCUCAAGCUCAGCUCGUGAUUACUGAACGAGAACUGGUGAAAGAGGUGCUGAGAAACAGUGACAAAGCUUUUACCAAGAGGAAGCCUACGUAUAUUUUUGGGAAGAUAUUAGGCGACGGGCUUGGCACAACCGAAGGAGAUAAAUGGAUAAGGCAAAGGAAGUUGGCUAAUUACGCCUUUCAUGGGGAGAUCUUAAAGAACAUGUUUCCGGCCGUAAUCGGUAGCGUCGAAUCGAUGCUCGAGAAAUGGAGAGAUCGAGAAGGAAAAGAGGUCGAAGUGUUCCAAGAGUUCAAGUUAUUAGCUUCAGAAGUGAUUUCGAGAGUAGUUUUUGGUAGCAAUCACUUGGAAUGGGAGAAGAUCUUCGAGAUGUUGAUGAAGUUAUCGGUACUUGCAGGCAGAAACUUUUUCAAAUCAAGGAUUCCCAUCAUCAGCAAGUUUUGGAAAUCUGCUUAUGAAAUCGAAUCAGAAAAACUGGCGAAAACGAUACAUGAUUCUGUGAUGAAGAUAGUCAAGGAAAGAGAUGAGAAAGUAGUGACCGGAGAAGCAGACAACUUCGGCAGUGAUUUCAUGGGGUUACUUGUAAGUGCCCGUCAUGAUUCGGACGAGAAAAACAGGCUGUCGGUACAAGAUUUGGUUGACGAGUGUAAAACUUUCUACUUUGCUGGCCAUGAAACAACUAAUUCUUCGCUUGCAUGGACGAUGCUUCUCCUAGCAAUCCACACGGAUUGGCAAGACAAAGCAAGAACAGAGGUGUUGAGGGUCUUUGGUACUCAAAACCCAGAUUAUGAAGGGAUCUCCAAACUAAGAACCAUUACCAUGAUCAUCAAUGAAACUCUACGGCUGUAUCCUCCGGCGAAUAGCACGCCGAGGAAAGUCGAAAGAGAAGUCCGAGUCGGAAAACUCGUCGUGCCUACUGGUUUAGAGGUCGACAUCCGAUUUCUAGCACUUCACCAUGACCCUGACCUGUGGGGAGACGAUGUUCAUGUUUUCAAACCGGAGAGAUUCGCCGAAGGGAUUGCCAAAACUACCAACUACAACACGGCAGCUUUUCUUCCUUUCGGCUUGGGACCUCGAUCUUGUGUAGGAAUGAGCUUCGCAAUGAUCGAGAUAAAGAUUGUUCUCUCCAUGAUCCUGCAACGCUAUAGUUUCACCCUCUCCCCUGCCUACGUUCACUCGCCAUUACCCAGUCUCGUACUCAAGCCGCAACAUGGUGUUCCGUUGCUGUUUCGUUCCCUACGUAGUGAUUAUUAAUCUUUUCGCUCCCUACGUAA